AUGGCCGAUCCUUUAAAAAUCCAGCUUAGUGAGAAGCAGCAUUCAUGUGAACAUUGUUCAAAAGCCUUUUCAUCUGAUUCAAAUUUAAAGAGGCAUUUAAGAGCCCAUACUGGUGAAAAAUGUCAUACGUGUGAGCAUUGUUCAAAAGCUUUCUCAUCUGAUUCAAAUUUAAAGAAGCAUUUAAGAGCCCAUACUGGUGAAAAAUGUCAUACGUGUGAGCAUUGUUCAAAAGCUUUCUCAUCUGAUUCAAAUUUAAAGAGGCAUUUAAGAGCCCAUACUGAUGAAAAAUGUCAUACGUGUGAGCAUUGUUCAAAAGCUUUCUCAUCUGAUUCAAAUUUAAAGAGGCAUUUAAGAGCCCAUACUGGUGAAAAAUGUCAUACGUGUGAGCAUUGUUCAAAAGCUUUCUCAUCUGGUUCAAAUUUAAAGAAGCAUUUAAGAGCCCAUACUGGUGAAAAAUGUUAUACGUGUGAGCAUUGUUCAAAAGCUUUUACAUCUGAUUCAAAUUUAAAGACGCAUUUAAAAGCCCAUACUGGUGAAAAAUGUUAUACGUGUGAGCAUUGUUCAAAAGCUUUUACAUCUGAUUCAAGUUUAAAGAGGCAUUUAAGAGCCCAUACUGGUGAAAAAUGUUAUACGUGUGAGCAUUGUUCAAAAGCUUUUUCUUACAGUUCAGACUUAAAGAAACAUUUGAAAGUACAUACCGGGGAACGACCAUAUUCGUGUGAAUUUUGUUCAAAGACAUUCACUCAAUUUUCACAAUUAAAAACACAUAUGACCGUCCAUACUGGUGAAAAGCCCUAUUCAUGCGACUGCUGUUCCAAGUCAUUCACUCAAUCGUCAAAUUUAAUCAUACAUAUGAGAAUCCAUUCUGGCGAGAAACCGUAUUCUUGUGAACUCUGUUUGAAGAAAUUUUCGACAUUAUCAGCCCUAAAGACUCAUUUGAGAUGUCAUACUGGAGAAAAGCCUUACUCCUGUCACUGUUGUUCAAAGACAUAUUCCAACAAAUCUAGCUUGAUCAGGCAUUUGACAGUUCAUACUGGUGAAAAGUGCAUUUCGUGUGAAUAUUGUUCAAAGACUUUUUCUCUUGCUUCAGACUUAAAGAGACAUUCGCGAGUACAUACUGGAGAACAGCCUUAUUCGUGUCAGUAUUGUUCAAGGACAUUUUCUUGUGCUUCAGAGUUAAAGAGACAUUUUCGAGUACAUACUGGAGAAAAGCCUUAUUCGUGUCAGUAUUGUUCAAGCACAUUUUCUGGCUCUACAGGCUUAAAGAUACACCUGAGCGUCCAUACUGGAGAAAAGGCUUAUUCGUGUGAAUAUUGUUCAAAGACAUUUGCUAGCUCUUCACUCUUAAAGAGACAUUCACGAGUACAUACUGGAGAAAAGCCUUUUUCGUGUCAGUAUUGUUCAAGGACAUUUUCUUUUGCUUCAGACUUAAAGAGACAUUCACGGUUACAUACUGGAGAAAAGUCUUAUUCGUGUGAAUAUUGUCCAAAGACAUUUGCUAGCUCUUCAUACUUAAAGAGACAUUCGCGAGUACAUACUGGAGAAAAGCCUUAUUCGUGUCAGUAUUGUUCAAGGACAUUUUCUGGCUCUACAGGCUUAAAGAUACACCUGAGCAUCCAUACUGGAGAAAAGGCUUAUUCGUGUGAAUAUUGUUCAAAGACAUUUGCUAGCUCUUCACACUUAAAGAGACAUUUGCGAGUACAUACUGGAGAAAAGCCUUAUUCGUGUCAGUAUUGUUCAAGGACAUUUUCUUCUUCUUCAGACUUAAAGAGACAUUUGCGAAUACAUACUGGAGAAAAGGCUUAUUCGUGUGAAUAUUGUUCAAAGACAUUUGCUAGCUCUUCAGGCUUGAAGACACAUUUGAGCGUCCAUACUGGUUAAAAGCCUUAUUCGUGCCAGUGCUGUUCAAAGACAUUUCUUAACCCUUCCCGCUUAGAAAAACAUUUGCAAGUUCAUACUGGUAAAAAGUCUUAUUCGUGGGAAUAUUGUUCUAAGACAUUUGUUAACUUUUCACGCAUGAAAAGGCAUUUGACAUUUCAUAUUGGUGAAAAAUCAUAUUCUUGUGGCUGAAUUGUUCAAAGAACCUUAAUAAGGCUGAGCAUCAGUUUUCGAAAAUUAAUUUUUCGAGUUUUGUAAGAUGCAAAAGUUACCUCUACUGAAGAAUUGUCCACAUGGAUGGGGAAAAAAAAACUCACUAAAAUGAAUUGUAUUGUUCAAAGAAUUACGCAA